AUGUCUGCUAUAGGCGAGAUCCUAUCCAACCCUGCCUAUCAUGACUAUCUGGCAAUCCUGAAAGGUGCUAGAAAUGGAUUUGUUUACGGGGUCAAAGUCAGAUUUCCCCAUGCCCUCAUCAUGGCCAUCUUAUUUGGACGCGGAGAUUGGAUCUCUCGGUUGAAAGUCAUCUUCCGCGCGACGAAACAGCAUGCCAUGAAUCUCGCCAAAUUUGUGUCCAUCUACAAAGCAUUCCUGUUACUCCAGAAGAAGGUCAAUGGUGGCAAAACCCGUAGCGCGGAUAACUUCAUUGCAGGGUUGAUUGGCGGGUACAUAGUGUUUGGCAAUCGCAAUGCUGUCAAUGAGCAGAUCGUGCUCUACGUCUGCUCUCGCGUCGUCGCCUCAUUCAUCCCUAGGGCUAAUUCGCCCUACACGCUCUCGUCUACCAGCGACUCCGGUGUCAAGCCCAUACCUCCUGACUCCCGCUACUUCUCGCUUUUCGCGGCGGCAUGCUGGGGUGCUGUUAUGUGGUUGUUCGAGCAUAGAGGGGAGACCAUCCAGCCGGGCAUGUUCAAUUCCAUGACGUAUCUCUACCGAGAUUCGGAGAGGUGGAAAGAUCUGCGGACGCUGAUAUGGCAUAACAAGUGA